GUUGUCGUUAUGAUCGUGAUCGAGGCCGACCGAGGACAUCUAACGUUACACAAACUAUCAUUUCAUGGCCGUUGACGUUGACGUUGUACACAAUAACCUGUGGUGAUGGAUAAGAUUAUGGUAGCAACGGGAUUCCUAUUUUUUGCCGCAGAUGUACUGGCACUUACAAGUGUAUUCAACCCAGUUUGGGUAGUAUCUCAUGCUCGUGGAUCAGGAGCUAUGACAAUGGGCCUUAUCUCACAGUGCCUGACCAUCUUUGGGAGGGAUACAGUAUGCAUCUCUCCUAAUCUCUGCCCAGCCUGGCAGAUCACCCUCUUUUUCAUUGUGUGUGCCAUCAUCUGUCUGACAAUCACCUGCAUUAUGUUUGCCUACUCCACAAGAAGAAUCACCAUGCUGGAUCAUGCAAGAUGGUUCUCAUUUGCAGCAAUUAUUCUAUUGUGCCUAGCAGCCAUCAUAUUCCCCAUUGGCUUCUACGUGGAUGAAAUCGGAGGUGAACCAUACAAACUCCCGAGCACCGUUUCUGUAGGGUCGUCUUAUGUGAUAUUCCUCAUCUCCAUUGUUCUCACGGUCAUCUCUGAGCUCCUAGCAGGCAAGCUUUGUGCUCCUCUCUUUGUCGUUAGAGGAUAGUGGAUGGAUUAUUUGAAUUCUCCGACAUUGUAUCUGAACUACUUUUAUCAUUAUUUAUUUUAUCGCUGGAAUCAGGGUGCUACAUAAGCACUUGCCCGAUUGCCCGGGGCAAGUAAAAGUUAGAAUUGGGCAAGUGUUUUGAAGUAAAGACCAAAACUACUUGCCCCCAUUGGGCAAGCAAAAUUCUCACAGUAAAAUGACAUAAAUUAGGGUCGAUAUGAUAUGAUAUUGACCCUAAUUUUGGUCAAAGCAGGCAAGAUAAAAUCACUUUUGAAAAAGAAAUGCAAUAACAAGGUAGAUCAGUUCAUGUCAAAAGAGAGAAAAGGUCAAUGGUUUAUAAAACCGCAAUAUGUGUAGGCCUACUUUCUUUUGAAGAAGUGAAACUUUUUCAGGAUUUUUUUUUAGGCAAGUGAAUUAGAUUUUUGGGCAAGUAUAUUACAACUAUUUAAAAGUUUACUUGCCCGACUGGGCAAGUGCUUCUAAAAAGUUACGUAGCACCCUGGCUGAAAUACUCCCCAGGGAGUGGAUAAUGGACAUACAUUGUAUACAUGCAGGGAAUACUGAUGAGUCACAACAAUAAUAAUCAAAGGCUUUAUUAUUGAAGCCUCUUAUUAAUGAUUGGAUUAUUAUCAUAUAUCUAAAUUGUCUUUUAUGAUCAUUUAAUUCUGUCAUACUCGUUGGCAGUUUUGAAAACUGUAUCAUGUAUGGAGAUCAUGAUGAUGUGUUAAGAAAGCCAGUGGGUGUUUCAUACAGCUGUUUGAAAAGUUACAUGUGUCUUGAUGAUCGACUUGGAACAUGUUCUUCGGUAGUUAGUCAUACUAUUUAGCGCAAAGAAGGGUCACCAGUCAUAUGUACAUGUAAAGUAGUUUGGAACAGCUUUCUAUGAAUCACCCGCCUGUUAUGUGCCUCCGUUUUACCUCUAAGUGAAAGUUUGUGAAACUCAUAUUUGAAAUUAUGCAUUAUCAAGAUAGGAUGUGAUUUUUUCUUUGAAAAUGUAAUAAAAGAGGCUGCUGAGAUCGUGAGUCAUAGGGCUGAACAACUCAUAUCUUCAGGGGGGUGUGUUCAUGACUGGCAAUCCAUUAUUUCUUGUGCUAAUCAGAUUCUCAAUACUUUAUACUCCACCAGCUAAAGUUGAAAUCUGAUCUUUGGAUUAAAUUCUUGUUGUUUACACGCCAUUUAUGCAAGGUUUUUUUAAAUUAUUUUUCUAGAUAUUAAUAUAAUUAUAGAAAUUUCUCUCCCGUAAAUGGGAAAUGCAGUACGAUAAUUAAUACACCAGAAGCUGGUCUGUACUUUGAGAUGAAGAAUAAAGAAGAAGAAAUAUUGAGAUAUCUUAUUUAGCACAAGAAAGAAUCACCAGUGGUGCAUAAAGUUGGAGCAUCGUGGUCUAGUGGAUUAGUCUCCGGACUUUGAAACAGAGGGUAGUGGGUUCAAAUCCCAGCCAUGGCGUAGUUUCCUUCCGCAAGGAAUUCAUCCACGGUGUGCUGCACUCAACCCAGGUGAGGUAAAUGGCUACCGGCUGGAAGUAACUCCUCAAAAAGCUGUGUGCACCUGAAUUGGUAGCCUAGCUUAGCCGGGGUAAUGAUAAUAGCAGGGCCCGUUCCCGCUGGGAGAACAGUUUUCGGAACUGAAGUGGCUACCCUGGGUAAAUAUACUGUUGUUAUUAUUAUUAAAAGUUGUGUGUUACUUAUUGAACAUUUUAUGUAUCAGUCCCUUGCUAGUUCUUAAAGUAGUUUGAUUAGAUGCUUUCCAUUACUUGAAAGGAAAGUAUAUUGAAGUUGGAGUAGGCAUUAUAGCUUUCUACACAUGUAAAUGAAACUCCCUUGAAAGAGUUUGGAAUUUGCUGUCAGUCCUUUGUAGUGUGGAACUAUACACAAAUAUUCUGCCCGAACACUUAAGCUGUUUUUUUUUUCUUUGCCAAUUUUUUCAAUGUUAAGGGCAUCUAAAGAGCAAUCCUUGAAGAGUGACCGAAAGCUUCAGUAUCUGUUCUAUCAUGUACCACAGGGUAUGAUGAGUUAUAAUUGUAAAAUAUUGAUAAAUAAAACCCCAGAAUAGACUGUAAUUGCUGUUUAUUCUCAGAGGUGCUUUUCACUGUAUUACUCUCCUAUAUAACAUAAUUAACAUAUGUUUUCACCUUUCCAUACAACUUAAAGGAACGUUUCAGAAUUAAAUAAAACAACCUAAUAACAAUUAUGGUACCACUAUGUUAUAAACUGUCGCUUACCGGUAUAAGGUUUCAUGGUACAGUAGUUACCAUGAUCAUAUGUCUUCAUGAAACAGGGCUCAGCAUUUCCCCUCUCCCUGCAGCCUACAUCUUUUUUUCUAUGACUGUGCAAUAUUUAAUGAUAGCAAGAGGGGAACAAAAUGGAUGGAGAAAUCCAGAUAAUCGUUUGCAUCUUGAGUAAUAGAACUUUAAUAGGAGCAUUAAUCCUUUAAAAGUUCACUUUUUUUGGGGGGGGGGUGGAGAUCUGAUUCAACACUUUAAUCUUAUUUUUUUUGUUUUUUUUUUUCUCUGUGGGGUUUUAGUUUUUACUUUAAAAUUGUUAUUGCCAAGUGUAGAAUUUCCAACAUGACUGUUGUAAACUGUAUCAUUCAAGUUUUAAAAUUAUGUCUAAUCUAAUGUAUAUCUGAUUAUCUGUAUAUUUUGCAUAUUAUACAAUAUAUAUCUUUACACUUACGCCUCAAGUGACAACCUAUGAGAAGUAACACAAAAAUGUUGCCUUUAUUUAUAUGUGGGUGUUUGCUUUUGACAGUAUCAUACACAUAAUAUGCCUCAAUGGGAAUACUUGGUGGUCAAUAACUAGGUAGUUGAUAACACUAGCCACUCAGAAAGUUUUGACUGAUAUGAUAUGUGAUCUUGAGUCAAAUGAAUAGAAUUGGUAGUCACUUUUCACUGAACUGCAGAUUUGUAAGAGUGCCUUGUAUCUUAGGGAAUUCAAUUUGUUUUUGUAGAGUGUGAUAAAUGCCUUGAAACACUGAUCAGACAUAUGUACUGAAACUAAAUUUGUAUUUUACAUGUUUGGAUGUAUUCGCCUACUGUACAGUGUUUACCACGCUUUCUUGUUGUUAUGUAGCAUCAACACAAAUGGAGGAAACUUAAUGGGAAAGAACUUAUUACCUCUCUAUAGACCAUGUUGAUGUUAAAAGCUGUGACUGAAAGUAGUCACAUAUUUAUUAUGGCUUUUUUAGCAGAAACGUUUGUUUUGGCAUUCAUUGUGUGCGUUGGGUACCAGAUCCCUGUAUACUGUGUUGCACAUGGAUGUUUUCUUCUAAGUUUGUGAUUUCAAUGGAAAUAGAAUGAAACUGGACAUUCCUACACAUAAUUCCCAUAUUACUGCAGCUGUAUGCUCCAUGUCGUUCCAGCCUUGAUUUAAGUAAAUUUUGAAGGGGUACUGUAGGUUGAAACUAAAGUAAUUAGAAUUUCAUUAAAUCAACUUUUUUCGAAUUGUAGAUCUUAAUUUAUUAUCUGAUUUUGAUGAACUAUCUUUUUUUUUAUUGGUUCAUUUUUUUUUUCAUCUGGAGAAUCCCUUUAAGGGUAAAGUUAGAUAGCCUUGAAUUUAGUAUGUUUAUUAUUAUUUUUUGUGUACAUAAUCAACAAGAAAUCAUAUUCAGAGAAAUGAACGAUAUUGAAAAUGAUUCCAGCUUCAGUUCUAUCUCAGGUACAUCGGUGAAGAAUUUAGCACUGUCAUAAAUUGCAUGUAUUCAUUUUUUUUCCUUUAAAAACUUGAAAGCUGUACACUGUGAACCCCAAAAUUCAUAUUUGAAAACUUGUUGUUUGUGUUAUUGAUAUUUCAUCAGAGAAAUAUAAGCCAAGUGCUGUACUUAAAGAGAAAUUCCAGUAUUUGCAGUAAACACUGAUUUCAUGAGAAAGUCUGUAAAACAAGGCUUAAUUGUCAGUAUAUCAUCGAGGAUCUAGAUCUGGUACAGUUACAUAAACUGAACUUUGUGAAAUCUUGAAAUCUACGCUGAAAAAUGUUCACACUGAAGAUCACCAACACAGAUAGGCACACGUGGGACAGUGUAUUAUUAUUGCUAAAAUAAAGACCCGACGGAAGUGACCGAAUCCGCGCUUAUUUUGCUUAUUUCUCAGCAAUUACACAAUUUCUUCCAGAAUCCUUUGGCACAUAUUUUUUAUUCAUACAAACAGACACUUAGGUGGUCAUUAUAUUAGAUUCUGUAAAAAGUCAUUUUUAGAUCGUUACCAAAACUGGAAUUUAUCUUUAACUAGCAGUUUGUUUCGACUUGCUGAAUUAUCAUCAUUUCCCCAAAAAUCAAAGGCUGUUUGUGUUUAACCUUGAUAUCUAAAUUCACCUUGAGACUAUGUUUCUUUCUUUUUGACCAAAGAUGGUAUCAUUACUUGGAUAUCAAAUUAGUUGUAGCUUCUAUUUUCAAAUCAUACAUUCACUCAUCCAUUCAGUUCACCCAUGUGCUCAUCCAUUCCUUCAUUCAUCCAUCCAUCCAUCCAAAGUCAUUCGCUUGCUCAUUCAUUCAUUCCUCCACCUAUUACUAUAAUUCAUUCUCUUGCUCAUUCUCUCAUUACUUUUUUUUCAUUAAUUUUGAUAUUGUUUGGUUCACUCAUUCAUUCAUCCAUCAAACCAUUCUUUCUUCUAUUCAUUCACUUAUUCAUUUUAAUAUUAUUUUAUUUUCAGGUCUCCUUUAAUAUGACAAUAACUAACUUGAUGUACAUGUAUGUAUUUUUUUUUUUUUUGCAAAGGAAUGUCCUCUCAAAUUAAGAUAUUUGUGUCCAGAACAUGUAUUCAAACAAGUAUUUGAAAUUGUGUUAGUUUUCUCACUAGUGCAAAUUGUUUGAAAAAUAUAUAUAUAUAUACUGCAAGUCACUUCAUGCAUUUUUAAUUUGAAAUUGUACAUUGUAGCAAAAAUUUUGAGGGCUGGUCAAUGAUUUCCAUAUUGCCUUGCAAUGUUAAAUAUGCAGUCCUUGCAGUGAUAUACCCAGAAUAGUUUUUUUUUUGUUAGAUAAUGAUUUUCUGUUGUGUUGUUGCCCUCUUGUUUUAAAAUCAGAUUGUUUUAUAUACAUGAAUCAAUGUACGAUUAUAAAUUUAUAUCAAAUUAAUUCCUCAGUCAAGAUGUUAUAUUUCUGUUUGUUAUUACCAAUCAAUAUCAUGUGCACAACUCUGUAUAUAUUGUUUAUUUGGUGAUACUGAAAAAUUAAAGCCAAAGAUGAAUACUGAUGUACUUAUA